GGCGUUAAGAAACUGAACCAGAGAAAUCUUCCCUUCCCCAUAUAUAAUCUCCACCAAAAACCCAUUCUCUUGUCUAUCAAAAUCAUUUGUGUUUGAAAUGGGAGAGCAGAAGAACCAGAAGAAGAUGUCUUUCUUGAAGAGAAUAAGGAAGGAGUCAUGGAGGUGGAAGUUCUUGGGGCCUGCCUUCAAGUGGAAGAGGCUCAAUAAUAUCAGAGUUUCCUUCUUUGAUGAUGUUUUGUUCAAGAUAAUCUCUGUUCUUGAGGCUGUUGUUUUGGUGGCCACUGUUUCUUUCUUCUUUCUUUGUUGUGGCUGUCACUUUUGAGAUUUCUCUCUAAUUAGUGCAUAGACUUUGUAUUAGAUCUUCUCAGUUGAGGAUUAAUUUCUGAUUCCGGGGUUUCUGGCUUCAUUGUUUGAGCUCUGUUUCUGUUGAAGAAGAUUGUGGAACAGCGUAUAAGUUCCUGGGUGGGGAGACGGGGGAUCAGCUGUUCAGGCCUGUGUUUUCUUGCUGUAUAAAAGCUAAUGCUUGCUUAACUUUAUUUUUGCUUUUUCCUAUGAUUAUUAUGAAAUAUUAACAACUUUCUCCUUCAUUGUGA